UGAGAUAUAGACAUUUCUGAUGACGCACAAACGGUGGACCAAGCCGUGUUUAGAGUAUUGUGCAUAUAGUACAGUUGUUAAAAUAACCUCUAUGUUUUUACUUAAAUAAUCAAUAACAAUCUGUUUGGGCGUCUACGAGUAAGUGAGUUACAUACGAUUUUGUGAAUAUUGUUUUAAAUUUUAAAUUUUUUCCUGUGUUUCUUAAAUCAUUAUUUUUGUGAUAAUUAUCAAUUCACUUUCACUGGACGUACAAUUAUUGACUGUUUAAAGGUGUUGGCGUUUAACACCAGAAUCGAAGUAUGUUUGUAAAUUUCUACCUAUAAUACCUAUAAUAAUGCACCUAGAUAUAAAGAUGAAAUUCUCUUGCGGAUAGUACCUAUGUAGGUACCUAACUUAACAUGGUAAUAACAAUUUUCCUAUGACUUAAUGAUUGCUGCAUCUUCACAGCAAUGCAUGCAUUGUCAGCUGUGGACGCAUGUGGCUCUGUUGUAAUUGGGAAGAUAGGAUAUAUGGAGUUAUUGCAGUCAUGUAUAUUAAUGACAUAUUUUUUAGAAAGAAAAAAAUGCAUUGUACGCCAUAUUCAGGCGUUAACUAUAACAGAAACAAGUUUUUUUUAACUGUCGGUCUAGUGUAGGCAUUUUUUUUUUUUAGUUAUUAUUUAGUUUGAUAUAUUUUUAUCUGGAUUAUCUUUAGCUCGGGGAUUGCUAUAAUACUAUUGGAGUUCAUUUGAAACAUAGGUACUUAGCUGCUAACUGCUGUAUAUCAUUAUAUUUAGCUAGUUUUAGUGAUACACAAUACAUUUUUUCAUUCAAGAUUAUCAGACACAAACAGUCGAUAAAAAGAGUUUUUAGAAUAGGGUUUUUGAGAUAAUGUUUUAUUUUACACAAUAAAACAGUCGUAUUUGGAGAGAACCACAAUUUCAAGCACUGUCAAUAUCAUUUUAUUAUUAUACAUUUGUCAGAAGAAAAUUUGAUUAAUUAUAUAAAUAAUUAUUAAUUAUUUUAUCUUGUGGCAAUUGUCUUAAUUUCUUCAAUACUAACUUAAAUUUUGAACACUGAGUAUGUAUCAUCAUUUUUGUAUUCAAUAAAUCUGUAUAACAUUACUAACAAUUGUACCUUAUUUUUGUUAGUGAUAAUUUUAGAUACUGAGUGGAGCGAAGAAGCUUAUGGUUUUACAAAGAUGUUUAUUUCUUUUUAUGUGAACACUUUUUCUACCAGGAAUGUCACUCUGACAUACAUGAGUAGACCCUAUUCUGAUAAGAAAUUUUCUUGGGAUGACACGCUAUGAAGUCAUUUUUCUAUUUUCCCAAGAGUUUUUCAAACAAAAACUUAGGAAAAACAGGAAAAUCGGUACAUUAAACAAAUAUUAUUAUAGAAAAUAUAUUAUGCCUAUUUAAUUAUUUCAUCAUAAUAUAACAUAUUUAUUUUUGAAAAAGUAUCACUAUCGAUUGAUCUACGCUCUGGAUCGUUUUUCAUUAACAUUGGUUUAUGGUUGCUUACAGAUAUAUGCUUACAUUAAAUCUCUUUCUGUAUCCUUUCUUCCCAACUUUUCACCUCCAACAGUGGCUACACCCAUCCCCAUUAUUCUAGGCCAGCUUUUUUUUUAAAUUAAUCUAAAUUAUUAAUUGAAUUUAAGGUUAUAUUUUAACUUAAUUGAUGUAUUCAAAAUAUCUAUUAAUUUAAUUUAAAAAAAAAAAAUGAUAUUUAACUUAACUUAAUUGUGUAAAAAAAUACUAUUAACUUGUCCAUCCUCGUAUCUAGGUAUACAUCUUAUGAAUGUUAUAAUUUAAAAAACGUAUAACUUCAUGUUGGCAUUUUUUUUUUAUAUACUUUCAUCAUAAUAGUGGAAUUUAACAUUUAUUUUUCUUUUCAGAUGUACACAAAAAUUAUAAAUGAUAAAGAAGUGGUGCUCAUUUAUCAUAAAAUAGAAGAUGAUGUGGUAAUAGAAGAUGAUGUGGAAAUAGAAACUGAAGAAAACCAAGACACAGAAAAUGAAGAAACUGAAGAAAACCAAGACACAGAAAAUGUAGAAACUGAAGAAGACAAAGAUACCGAGGAUGAAGAAAGUGAAGAAGACAAAGAUACCGAGGAUGAAGAAACUGAAGAAGACAAAGAUACCGAGGAUGAAGAAACUGAAGAAGACAAAGAUACCGAGGAUGAAGAAACUGAAGGAGACAAAGAUGCUGAGGAUGAAGAAACUGAAGGAGACAAAGAUACCAAAGAUGAAGAAACUGAAGUAGACAAAGAUUCUGAGAAUGAAGGAGAUCAAAUGCCACCUUCAGGUAAUUCCACUACUAAUAGCACCAUUGAUUGGUUAGUAGAAAGAAUAUAUAUUGAAAUAAAUGAACAUGGAAAACAAGUAUUAAUGAUAAAAUGGAAAGACAUUGAGGAACCUCAAAUAGUUGGGCCUCAAUAGGCCAUUAUACUUUGCCCUCUAUCUGUUAUUAAGUAUUAUUAAGACAGAAUUGUUUGGCCUGCCUUAAUGAGAGAAUAUGACUACUUACAUUAUAAUAUUGUAAUUUUUUCCUUAUCCAACACACUUCUUUUUGAAUCUCAUAAAUAUUUUGCUUACUGAU